UUCUCCAAUUUUGCAAUGCUUACUCUUUUCUUCACCAUUCAGUACAUCCAAUUUCAGUAAGGACCCCUUUUUCCCUUUAGCCAAAUAUACUUCCUCCAACCCCACCCCCAUUCUCUCUCCCUCUGUACUCUGUAGCAAAGGUUUUCGGUUAAUCCUUUGUUAAAUAUUAUUUUCGCCUCUCCGGAUACAGCCAGGAAUUUUGCUUUUGGUUUGUACAAUCUUGUAGACAACCAUGGCUACCCCAAAUGGGAUCAUUUAUUAUUCUGCCAAAUCACCUCAACACCCAAAGGUUCACACUCACAGUCAAGGGAUUGAACAUUGCAAACACAAUGGAUUUUCUAAUAUGCCAAGACUGAAGUUUUCUAAUAAGAGGUUCUGGGAGGCAUGCGGAAAACUAACUAACAAUGUCAUCUUAAGGGGAUCUCCUGUGUUAUGUCGCUCAACAGAAACACGCGAUUCUGAGACAACAGAGUUUGCCAGAACCAGUGGCGAUUAUUCCAACGUCUCUAGUGUACAAGAAGAUGAUCAAGCAACCACAGUUGGGAAAGUUAUUCCUUCAAGUCAGGCGAUUGCUGAAGCUUGUAAAUUUGCUUACAACGAUGCCAAAUUUGUGAAUGAAAGGGCUAAGAAUGAUAUUGUGCUUCUUUCUCGGGAAAUAAUGAGAAUCGAUGCUCGUGUGCGCCAAGAUGUUGCGUUUCUUGGUUCAGAGUUUCUUAAGCUUGAUGCUCGGGCACGGGAAGAUACUGAGAAAGUUGAUCAUGAUGUCAAGAAAAGAGCCAAAAGAAUCCAUCAUGUUGCCACUAUUCUUAAAAACAUAGCUCAAUCGAGACUGAAGAAAGCUGCUGAUCGACACUGGAGUGAUGGUGCCUUGGAGGCUGAUUUAAGACGUGCCGACUUUGUGGCGAAACAACGUGCGAUGGAGGAUUCUCUUAUGGCUCUGGAGUUUGUCAAGAACAUUCAUGAUAGGAUGGUGAGCAAGAUGUGCAAAUUGAAAAGAAGUUCCAUAGAUACAGAGAAAACAAGGCAUAUUACACUUGAGAAGAAUGGGAAAACUCUGGAGUUUCUUCCUGGGGAAGUUUCUGCUGAUCGCCUCACUGCUAUCCAGGAAGCUUACUGGGAUAUAGCAUCUGCACUUUCCGAAGCUGAUGGAAUUGACUAUACUGAUCCAGAAGAGCUCGAGUUGUUGGUUGCAACACUUAUAGAUCUUGAUGCAAUGGAUGGUAAAAGUAGUGUAUCAUUGCUCGCUGAGUGUUCAAGUUCUCCAGAUGUAAAUACAAGGAAAGCAUUAGCAAAUGCACUCUCAGCUGCACCGUCCAUGUGGACUUUAGGAAACGCUGGCAUGGGAGCUUUGCAGAGACUGGCAGAAGAUGACAACCCCUCCAUUGCAGCUGCUGCAUCGAAAACCAUUCUUGAAUUGAAAAGACAAUGGGAAAUAGGAGAGGGCGACAGCUGGAGGUUCAUGGUGGACGAAGUGUCAUCCGAGGAUGUAGGGAGCCAAGAUGACAACAACGGGACAUAUUAGAAGGUGCCCGUAACUCAAUACUGUAGAUAUCUAGAUGAAGGGACUAAUCAAUACCUCAGUCCUGUGGGAAAUAGUUCAUAAAGCUCUACUUACAUUAGAAAAGAAAAAAAGAAAAAAAAAUCCCAAAAAUGACAUUCAUCUUUUCAUGCUAUGUAACUUGUUGCAUCUCUGGAUCCUUGAUAUUUUAUGUAUGUAUAAAAAGUCUAAAGCAACACUUUAUUUUUCUUAUACAGAGCAGAUUUCUGAUAAA